UUUCUUUUAUCACAUGCAUGGGGCAGGAUAUCAAAACAUUCUUAUCAAAAUAAUUUAUAAAAGCUUCAAACAAAGCACAAUAUCCUAUUUUGUGAAGUUAAAAGAUUAAAGAUGAAGUUGUUGUUAGCUUUAGCCCUCGUUUUGGUUUCUUUGAGUGUGACGUACGGAAAAUUGUGCACCACGGCAGACGAUUGUGAUGACGACAGAUGUUGUGUAGCGUUGACAGUGUCGAGUAUGAAAAAAAAAGGAAUUUGCCUAAAGUUAAACAGAUUAGGUGCCAGAUGCAGUGAAUGGGAAGCUAAACAAGAUUAUUAUGGUGGAAAGUUCAUGCACUAUUGCCCGUGUGGAGACGGUAUGGCAUGCAAACCUAAAGGAUUAAGACCAGGAGUUACAGAUAUGCCAUCAAAAUUAAGCAAAAUGAGAUGCCAAAAAGAGGAUAAGACUUCUCCAUCAGUCGAAAAAGAGAGUAAGAUGACUUCUCCAUCUGUCGAAAAAGAUACAAAAAAGCCAGAAGAGGAGACUACAAAGGCAGAAGUAGUAGUUGAAAUAACUUCCACGGAAACGCCGACAUCUACGGAAGAAGUAGUAGUUGAAAUAACUUCCACAGAAACGCCGACAUCUACGGAAGAAGAACCUAAAAUCGACGAUGAGCUCGAGCCUGACCCAGACGAAGAACCCGAACCUGAACCAGACAUUGAAUAGUAACCUGAACUAGAUGUUGAUAAGAGUUUUAAUAUAAUGAUAAUGUAUUUAUAAAUAUUUAAGAAUUAUUAAAAUAUUUUACAGAUU